GUGGCUUCCUCGUUGUCUGCGGUGUGGAGAUCUCAACCCCAGGGAGAGCGGUGGUGUUGGGUCAUUGCCCUGCUUUCUUUGUGGAUUUCAGGUUCUGUCUGGUGUUCAGUCCAGGUAACCUCAAAGGUACUGAGGGCUACAAGGACAUGGGCAGAAAAAGUACUUCCAUCCCCCAUAGAGCUACCACAGCAGCCUUGCAUCUGCUGCCUUGCAAAAAAUGACUCUGAGAGAUGCGAUGCGGGGUCGCCACCUCUACACGGAGGCCACUGCAGCUUUUGAGGAGGCCAGUGGUGAGCAGGAGAAGCUUCAGCAGGCCAGUGAUUAUGAAUCUGAAGAGUGUGGACAGGGAGGUGAGCCCCAAAACUCCAAUGGCAUACCAGGAGAGGUCACUGCACCUGAUGGGGGCUGGGGUUGGGUAGUCCUGGCUGCCACUGUCCUGGUACUUGCAUUGACCCUGGCUUUCCCCUCCUGUGUUGGAAUCUUCUACACCGACUUGCAGAAUGAGUUCCACGCUUCUAACAGUGAGACAUCCUGGGUACCGUCCAUCAUGACUUCGGCACUUCACGCUGGAGGUCCCUUUUGCAGCAUGCUGGUGGAGAGACUUGGCUGCCGAGGCACUGUCAUGUUGGGCGGUGUUCUGAGUGGGUUUGGAAUGGCUGCUAGCUCAUUCACCCGGUCCAUCAUGGAGCUCUACAUCACAGCUGGUGUUAUUACAGGUCUGGGUUUCUGCUUCAGCUUCCAGCCAGCUGUAGCAAUCCUUGGGCACUACUUUAACCGACGACGCCCAUUUGCCAAUGCCAUGUCCUCUACUGGCACAGCCCUGGGUCUGUGUAUACUACCAUUCCUGGGUGACUACCUCCACAGAGAAUUGGGCUGGAGGGGGAGCUUCUUGGUUUUGGGUGCUGUCCUGUUAAACUGCUGUGUGUGCGGAGCAGUGAUGAGACCCCUUGGUGCACCGAAGCAUCAUGGCCAUCUGCUGAAGAACUACACCCUCCCUCAGCAGGAGGGGGUCAUGGAGAGGAUGAGAACAAUAUGUGGUUGCCUGGUGGGUACCCUGACCAAGCACAUGGCCUUUGAUCAGUUCUGCAGUAACUCUCGUUAUCGUGUGUAUGCCAUAGGCAUCACCUGGAUGAUGCUCGGGUUUGUGGUGCCUCUGAUUUUUUUGGUGCCGUACGCCACAGCAAAUGACAUGGAUCCAAGCCAGGCUGCAUUUCUCCUCUCCAUCCUGGGUAUCGUCAACAUUGUAGUGCGGCCACCUAUUGGUGUAAUCUUCAACAUGCCCUGGUUCAAAGGCAGGCACGUUUAUGUAUUUGCUUCUGCCUUGUUGAUCAAUGGACUCAGUAAUAGUAUUUGCUGCAUUGGGCCCACCUUCUCUGUACUGCUGACUUAUGUGUUGGUCUAUGGGCUGUCCAUGAGCGUGGUGGGUUCUCUGAUGUUCACCGUCCUCAUGGAUGUAGUGGAGAUGAGUAACUUUCCUUCAGCUCUGGGUCUGCUUGCUGUCAUGGAGAGUGUUACACUGCUCAUUGGGCCUCCGCUGGCAGGAAUCCUAAUUGACAGAACGGGUCAGUACUCGCCCCUCUUCUUUGCCUGCAGUGGUGUUGUUUCCUCCUGUUCUGUGUUUCUCAUGGUGUCCUUUUACUGGCUGGAUAAAAGGGACAGGAAUGCAUCACAGCAGGGUCAGCAAUCCACACUGCCAGGCCCAGCAAGCCCUGCACCAAAUGCAGCAGGUGGUUGUGAUUACAGCAGUGUUCCUAUAGAUGGAGACAAACAAAGCAUAAAAGGGCAAAAUGUAGAUCACUCUCCAGCUUGUGCGUAACGCACGCUCCUGUCCAGUCCGACGUGCAGAUAAUUCCUUGUUUGUUAAAGCUUUGUUGGUGUAUCAGAUGUUGCAGAGUUUUCUUUGACCACAUGUGGGAUAUUAUCAUGUCCAUAACCUGCAUCAGUCUGGUGCGCCAAGAGACUGAAGACAAAUAUUUAAUCAUCUUUACUCAUGAAGGUGGGAGACUUGAGCCUGCAUACCAAAAUGAACAGAGGUGCACUAAAAAGUAAACUGAUUUGUACAGUUUAUUGAAAUAUGCUGCUUGUGUAUCUAACAAAAAGUCAUUUCUGUUCUGUAGACGCACACACAAUCUUCAACCGUUUAUCCAAGAUUGGGGGGGGGGGGGGGGUUAAAG